AUGAAUGACCCUCUGCAACCCGGUUUGCAGCCGGUAUCCCAUCUCAAGGCUGGACCGACCACCUCAAGCUCCAGGUCCACCGCGCUACCUUCCUCAGGGCAACCACCCUUGACACGACCAUCCUCUAGACUACGAGCCCAACGACCACCCGUUCGAGAUGACACGACCGACGCUACGAGUGACAAGGCCACGGCUGCCUUGAUUCGACGUGUCCUCUACCCUCAAGCUAGCAGCGGCCACGGCGCAUCCUCUCCCCAGCCAUCGGAAGAGCUAUUACCUCCCCUCACGAGCUCAAAUGACGUUGACCGUCAACUUUACGCCAUUCUUGCUGUUAUAAUCAAAGAAUUUGUCCACUCGUGGUACUCAAAGAUUACUCCUGACCAGGCUCUUGUCAACGAGGUCCUUCAAGUCGUUGCACAUUGCACCCGCGCUCUGGAACAGCGGAUACGCCAGGUGGAUGUGACACAGCUGGCCUUAGAUGAGAUUCCUACCUUGGUGGAGGCACAUAUAACCUCCUAUCGACUUGCUAAGGAACGGUCACACCUAUCAGGACUACCGACGUCGCAUCGUGCACUAUACCACGAGUUGAACCCUCAUCCUGGCUUAUCACCAGUCCCCGAUCCCGCAGAUCCCGACACAGUCAACGCGCAGGCCGAGAACGAAGCUGUAUAUCGGAGAUUACUUGCUAGUGGGACUCUUGCUGUUCUCCUACCCACGGAAGAUUUGGAAAAUAGCAGCCUACGCCAGCUGGUGAACGACAUCCUAUCAGACUUGAUUCUAGGCAAAGAGGUUGCCGGCAGGGUCUGCCAAGGAUGGUUCUUAUGGGAUGCUAUCACCAAAGUUACGGAGGCAGUAAGACGCCGGAAAACUUUGGAGCACACAGACUCCACCAAUGAUGUUUCCACAAACAGACUCGAAAGAUUUGGUCUGCUCGAGGACGAAGACGAUUCGGCCAAAUCUCACGCAAGCGCUCAGUCGCGAGCCACUGCCUGGAUAUGGAGUGUACUCCAGAAUAUCUAUCUUGGCUAUGUUGCCUUGCGAUUCAUCGCGACUGGUCUAUUCCGCGUCGCAUCAAAUCAAGGGCAGGGACAUUCGCACGGAGCCAGUGUUUCAUUUCCCGCUGCAACGCCAGAUUUCUCCAAGAAGGAGGGCUUCGACUCGUCAUUGUCAGACGGAGUCACAUCCAAACGCCCGGUCCUCGACUACCGGAUGUACUCGAUGAUCUCGCAACUUUUGGGCAUCUCACAACGAAUGCCAUGGCUUUCUGGACUAUUCGCUCUCGUCCAACACCUGAUUCUGGCCGGACCAGGCAGGCUCGGGCACACAGAUGGAAUUCUUGACAGAUUCCUUCGGGAAACCAUUCAGGAGUAUGUUCUGCCCCCCACUUUGUUGCCCAACCUUCUUCUUGCAACACGUUCUGCCCUCUUCCCGGCCAAUGCCCGCCCAACCUCCUCAGCACCAACUGGAAAUACCACUGGAGCAGCCCCGGCCCCGGCUCCGCAGGUGUCCGUGCAGACCCCGACCCCCAGCGGGAAAUCACCCCUCGCUGCGACUGUAGUUACCACACCCGCGCCCCUUCCGGAAGGUAGCAGGGUUCCUGGUCCAGGUGCAAGGGAUGCAGGUAAAAGAAAUGUCGACAGUAGCAAUAACAGCAGAAACAGCAAUAUUGGAGUUGGAGUUGGCAGUGGCGGUGAUCGUCAGCAUGCUGCUCUACUCCCCCGGUCGUCUUCGAUAGUAUCCCCGUCAUCGCCAACCAUUGCGACGACAUCGGACAUUGAUACGGUCCAACGAGCUUCCACGGAGGUGUCAACCGGACCAGAGAACAGAAUUGGCCCAUCUAUCUCGGAGAUCGCCGCUAUUAAGCGGCGAUGUGCAGCUAGUCUUCUGGCCGUGAUCCCGCUUAAAGUCGCACGAACCCUUUUUGGCGUUCCGCCAGCCUCCAACAGUGAUCGUACCUGCAGCGCCGCCACUGGGAACUCAUCCUCCACCACCAUCAGUGACCAGACCCCACCCUCAUCGCUUGAUGGAGAUGGUGGGGGCCGUCCGAGAUCUUCAUUACAGGCACAGGGCAAGGGAGCUGUUCUGUCGUCGAAGGCGUCAUUACUGCCAUCUCCCGCUUCGAGUUUAGCAGGGCUAGCCAGUGAAAGUGGCGAUUAUCGCGCUGUCCAGCGCACGGACAAGCAGAAUGAGGAGUCCGAUCUUCACCUGGAGGAGUUGUAUUUCCUGGAGGCCAUCGAGACGGACCUAUUGGAUCUCCUGGCAGACGACUACUGUAACAAGCAUCUGGUGUACUCGAUCAUCGAGACUGUUCUCGCUAGGGUGCUCCCUGAGCUGACUGAGCGCAGCGUCCAAGACCUAAUGGAGGAUCGCGGGGUUGCCCCAGUUCCCGGCGGCUUCUAA